GCUCUCCUCCAUACAUGGCUCGUUUCUUGCUAACCCUUUUGCUUGCUUUUUUUGCUUUCUUGCUCCACUGAUAUGACAAUACUCGAUACUAACACUAGCCUCUCUUUUUUCUUUGCUACUUUAAAGUUGGCUUACUUAUAGGACCUCGUGGUAACACGCUGAAGAAAAUGGAGACCGAAUCUCUUGCCAAGAUUGCUAUUCGUGGCAAAGGCUCCGUCAAGGAAGGAAAGGGUCGAUCUGACGCCGCUCACGCUAGCAACCAGGAAGAAGAUCUUCACUGCUUGAUUAUGGCAGACACUGAAGAAAAGGUCAACAAGGCCAAGAAGUUGAUUCACAACGUUAUCGAGACGGUCCGUUCUCCUCUUUCUCCGGAAGCACGUCGGAUUUUGCUAACGAUAUACGGCAAACAGGCUGCCUCUAUUCCUGAGGGUCAGAACGAGCUCAAGCGGAACCAGCUUCGAGAGCUCGCCGCUCUUAACGGUACUCUUCGUGACGAUGAGAACCAGGCUUGCCAGAACUGUAGGUUUCCUUUAUCGUCUUAUCUUAUUCGAACAGUGCUAACGUCGCAGGUGGUCAAAUCGGUCAUCGUAAAUAUGACUGCCCUGAGCAGCGCAACUUCACCGCCAACAUUAUCUGUCGUGUCUGUGGUAACGCUGGUCACAUGGCUCGUGACUGUCCUGACCGCCAAAGAGGCAGCGACUGGCGCAACAACGGCAUCAGCCGCGGUGGUCCUAGAGCUAUUGGUGCUGGUGAUGCCGUCGACCGGGAGAUGGAGCAACUCAUGCACGAACUCUCCGGUGGCGCCCCUGGUGAAGAGGCGCCUCGCCGUAUUGAAGCCGGUCCUGGCGAAGGCUAUGAUGACCAUGACAUGAAGCCCUGGCAACAGCAUGAUCCUCCAAGCGAUGUCGCACCUUGGCAACAGAGAGGCCGUGACAACCGCUCGCGCGACGACUAUGGUUCUCGGGACUACGGCAGCCAAGGCCAAGCCCCAUGGGCCGGACAGAGCCGUGGAGGCGACUAUGGCUACGGUGCUCCUGGUGGUGGUUACGGUGCUCCCGGAGUUGCUCCCUGGCAGCAGCAAGCCCCUCCCCCGCCGCCUCCUACAGGCCCGUCUGGGUACGGAUAUGGUGGAUACCCGGGUUUCGCUCCUGGCAUGGCCGCUCCCGGUGCUCCGGGAAUGGGUGUUCCUCCCCCUCCGCCUGGUAUGCCUUCGAUGUAUGGCACUCCUCCGCCGCCACCUCCGCCCGCGGACGGUCCCCCGCCUCCGGUGAGUU